CAUUAAUUAAAUUCUCAUUCUUGAAAAAUGAGUGUAAUAGUAAAGAUGUUUUAUCAAAUAUUUCUUGUACUUUUAACGUCUUACCUUAGCGAGUCGGACAAAAUUGAACCCAGAGUUAUAUCUCAAGAAGUUAUUAUUUGCGAAGGUAACCGUAAUAAAAUUGAAUGUCCUAAAGACUUGUUAAUUGAAUUAACAUCGGUAUUUUAUGGAAAUUCUGGUUCAAAUACAUGUGGUAGUAGAAAAAAUCCACACUGUUAUGAACCAACAGCUUUAAGUGUCGUGCAUGAUAAAUGUAAUGGUAAAAACUCUUGUAUGUUAUACGCACAUUACAGUGAGUUUGGGGAUCCCUGUCCACGUGUAAAGAAGCACUUGAAAGUGGGAUACGAUUGUCAAGUAAGUAAAUUAAAUGAUACCACUACACAAGAAGCCUGACAUAAAAUUCGAUAUCCUUGUAUGUACAUAUUUACUUUUGUUAAAUAAAUUUAAAUAUGUAA